AGCAACUCCUGAUUUAGUGGCAAAAGAUCUGUUUAACAAAGAGGGACACAGCCUGGGAGGUGAAGAGCUUCCUUGAAGUCUCAGUGGAGGAGAUGGGCCUCAAGUCCACUUCUGACCGCAGAGCUGGAGCUCUUGACCACGGCACUGGAGCGUACUUGUGAGCUUUGUGUGUGGCUUAGCUGGACACAUUAGCAGAAGUACCUCUUCCCUGAGGGAUCAAGAGAGCAGUGUAGCCAUUGGGGAACCAAACUUCAUGGACCAGCAGCGAGUUCAGCUUUGGAUCUUGAAAUCCGCCUUCCAGCUCUGGGUAACAGAAUUGGUUAUACAACCAGAACCAAAGGGAGAGAAACAUGAAUGAGAAAAACCUACACCGGGCAAUCCAGGGAAAUAAAACAACUGUAUAACUGACUCAAAACCCAAGAGAAAUCCAGGGAUGGAACCUUGGGUUCCCCUGUGGCCAUCUCAGUCAUGGGGGAGGCCCAUGGCACCUCCAAAGGACCCAGAUCGUGGGCUUCGAAGUGGAUAUCAUCGGCCUGUUCCUCACCCUUGGCACAAUGGAGAGAGGUUCCACCAAUGGCAAGAUAUCCAUGGAAGCCCACAGCCACUCCAGGACCCCAGGGCAGACCACCUGCAGCCCCCUUAUGCACCCAGGUCUGGGGAAUGGCGGCAGCCAGCGUCUGGGGUGGAUUACUACGAUGGGGCCUAUCCCAGCCAGGGCUACUCCAGGCCAGGCUAUGAGGAUCCCUAUCAGAGAUACCACUCUCCAACAAUGAGGGAAGAACAUGCCUAUGGAAAUUACUACUACCACGGCCACUCACAGCGACUGCAGGAAGAAGGAGUGCCGAGGCAAGGGAGUCCUUACAUCUGGCAUGAAGACUACGGAGAUCAAAAGUACCCCAACGAUCAUCCUCGUGAAAACCAGAACAGUCCAUUUGGAAUGAACAGUGAGACCCAGUUUCAAUCCACCAGCUGGACCCCUUAUAACGACAGUCCUGCUUCCAGCUCUGGACAGGAGCGGCCUGGGGAGCUCUUUUCAGAGAGUCAGUUAACUGGUGCCCGAAAAAAUAAGCCUUCAUGGACCAGCAAGUCCAACCUUGUCCAGCAGCACGAGUCUGGUCUCAGCUCCAGUAGCUACGAGCUCAGUCAGUACAUGGCAGAUGCGCCUGAGCAGUAUGAUCCUACGGCUUCGGCAGCGUGGAGUCAAGGGGAUGUCCCGGCAGCUGCUCCCAAGGCACCGAUGAAGUUCUACAUCCCUCAUGUGUCUGUGAGCUUCGGGCCAGGAGGUCAGCUGGUGUGUGUGUGUCCCAACUCUCCCGCCGAUGGGCAAACGGCCCUUGUGGUGCUGCACAGCAUGGAGGUUAUUCUUAAUGAUUCUGAGGACCAAGAGGAGAUGAGGAGUUUCUCAGGACCCCUGAUCAGGGAAGAUGUGCACAAGGUGGAUAUCAUGACGUUUUGUCAGCAGAAAGCAGCUCAGAGCCUCAAGUCUGAGACUCCAGGAAGCAGAGACUCGGCUCUACUGUGGCAACUGUUAGUUCUCCUCUGUCGCCAGAAUGGGUCCAUGGUGGGGUCUGACAUAGCUGAGCUGCUGAUGCAAGACUGCAAGAAGCUGGAGAAGUACAAGAGGCAGCCCCCGGUGGCCGACCUCAUCAGCCUGACUGACGAGGACUGGCCCCGGCCGAGCUCGGGGGCCCGCAACCUGCUCACGGGGGAGGUCCCCCCCACCGUGGAGACACCUGCGCAGAUCGUGGAGAAGUUCACCAAGCUGCUGUACUACGGAAGGAAAAAGGAGGCCUUGGAGUGGGCCAUGAAGAACCACUUGUGGGGUCAUGCUUUGUUCCUCUCCAGCAAGAUGGACCCACGGACCUACAACUGGGUCAUGAGUGGCUUCACCAGCACACUGGCGCUCAAUGACCCUCUGCAGACCCUCUUCCAGCUCAUGUCGGGGAGGAUUCCACAAGCAGCCACGUGUUGUGGGGACAAACAGUGGGGGGACUGGAGGCCCCACUUGGCUGUGAUUCUGUCAAAUCAGGCUGGGGACCCCGAGCUGCACCAACGGGCCAUUGUCACCAUGGGGGACACCCUGGCUGGGAAAGGGCUUGUGGCGGCAGCUCACUUCUGCUAUCUCAUGGCUCACGAGCCCUUCGGCCACUAUACCGUGAAGACAGACCAUCUGGCCUUGCUGGGCAGCAGCCACAGCCAGGAGUUUCUGAGAUUCGCCACAACCGAGGCUAUCCAGCGGACGGAGGUCUUCGAGUAUUGCCAGAUGCUGGGCCGCCCCAAGGCCUUCAUCCCUUCUUUCCAGGUGUAUAAGCUCCUUUACGCUUCCCGUCUGGCAGAUUAUGGCCUGGCAUCGCAGGCGCUGCAUUACUGUGAAGCCAUCGGCGCGGCCGUCCUGAGCCAGGGAGGGAGUAGUCCCCCAGUGCUAUUAGCGGAGCUCAUCAAGUUGGCGGAGAAACUGAAGCUGUCAGAUCCUCUGGCUUUAGAAAGACGCCGUGGGGACAGGGACCUGGAGCCAGAUUGGCUACAGCAACUACGGAGACGGCAAAGGGAGCUGGAGCAAAAGAUGGCAGGAGACAUUGGAGAUCCGCCUUCUGCUCGCUCAGAUACUUCAGGAGCCAGAGGAAGAACAACAGACACUUCCUCCCAGGAUCUUCCAGGACGUCAAGGCCACUCAGAAGCCCCUGGGCACCACUCAGCCCCGUGGCCCGAGCAGGCGGGGCCCCCCCAGCCCAGCCCUCAGCCGCCCUUCCCCCCGCAGUGGGGCCCCCUCCCCGUGGGAGGAGGUACAGGGCACAUGCAGGCACCAGUGCCUCUCUACUCCGUCCCUGAGACCCAUCUCCCAGGGCCCAGUGGGGACAGUGUCUGUGACAGCGUGGCGGUGACAGGGGCUCCUGGAGGAAGGGCCUGGGAGGAGACACUGCAGACACAGCCCACCUCUGGAGCGAGCGCAGCAUCCCAAGACACCGCUCAGCACCCCGGGGGUCCACAGGACAUAUCCAAACCUCAGGUACCACUGGCCCUCAGAGCACGGAAUUUCUCUGAGAGUUCCACCAUCUUGGGCCAGGAAGAUGAAGAGUCUUCUGAUGAAGCAGAUAAGAAAUCUUCCCCAAAUGCUGCACAGAGAGAGAAGCCAGGAGAUGUGAAGGAGGGCACAAAGGGCUCAGGAUUUGGCUGGUUCAGCUGGUUUCGGUCGAAGCCCACGAGCAAUGUGUCUCCCUCUGGAGAGGAAGACUCGGGGGACAGCACUGACUCAGAGCAGGAGCCCCCCAGAGCAUCCUCUCCCCCCGAGGGACUCCCACCGAUGCCUCUUCUUGAGUCCCCGCCUCUGCCUGGCGCUGGCGCCUCCUCCAGGGGCACAGGUGGGGGAGACCUUGGAAGAUCCUCGCCCAGUGGGGGAACGGCUGAAGGUGCUGGAAUUGGCGGGUUCUCAGGGUGCGAGGGUGUUUCUUCUGAGGUCUACUCCACACCUGGGGUUCUUCCUCCACCUGCCUUGAAAGGGGCUGUUCCUCUCUACAACCCGUCUCAGGUUCCUCAGCUCCCCGUGGCCACUAGCCUGAAUCGGCCGAGCCGCCUAGCUCAGCGCCGCUACCCAACCCAGCCCUGCUGAGAAUGGCCACCUGUUCCAGGCUGUUCUCCUGGGAGCACAGCUUUUCUGUUGCUCUGCUUUUUGCAGUCCCCACCCCUCUGCCAUGUUCAGGCCCUCAAGACAGUAGUGCCACUACUCACUGGGCACUUAGAAGGCAAGGGCAUGGGAUCCCCAAGGCACCACUCACUCCAGGCUGAAGUCUAGCUUCAGCUCGGCGGAAAUUCUUUCAUCAGCUGGAAAAUCUGGGUCUGAGAGUAGCCUGGAAAUGAACAGAGUGUCAUGGCGGCUGCACUUGAGAUGGCAACUUGAGAACCUCUGGAAAGUUAGUCCCCUGAGAAUCCUAUGGCUAACAUCAGUGGUGACCCCGCUGGGCCCUGCAGCAGGGACUUGGAGCAACAUUCCAAGAUCACAUUGAUUCCUUCCUCAGUCUUAGUUAUAGACCAGUACGUCGUUCUAGUUAGCAAAGUUUUUAUACAGAAACUUGAUCAUUGCUGCCCUUCAAUGAUUCCCUCUUCAAUGACAUUUUAGCAAUUUUCCUCCUGGUCCUGGUUUUCUGCAUAUUUUCUAUGUGGUUCAGAUUAAUUAUAUUUCCUCUCACUUUCUUAGCUGGUCCUAUUUUUUCUCAUUCUGGCAUCUGGCUAUCAAGUUAGAUUGCUGUAGGCAUCAUAUUGUCAUGGUAACUACUGAACCUAAUGAUGCAGAUGGAUGGAACAUCAGGAUAAUAAAUGGUGGAAAACGUUUCCUAAAAAUUCAUCCUUUCCAUAAGAGGGGUGGAAUGAGUGCCUGAUAUUGUUAAUUUCUGGCUUCCUACCUCAGCCUUUUGCAAAUUGAUGUUCGGAGGGUCAAUGGGGCCAGAGGCAGGAGGGGGGGGAUAUCUUGGAAAUUUCCAUUUCUCCUUUCAGACCCAAAAUAGGAAUGAUUCUUGCUGUUUGUCAGAUUUGUUGAAAAUUACUCCUGACAAAGAACAGUUUUUGUAUGUGUAAUUGUACAUACAGGUUUUGUACUUUAAUGUACUACAGUUCUGAUGUUGAUAGUGAUUAAACCCAGAUAAUUUUAUAGCAAGUGCUUGUCUGUAGCUGAUUUUUGCAGAGGGAGAAAAUACAUUGAUGGGCUCUUCCUUGAGUCUUUCUGAUAAUGGUUUCAUUGUGAGGCCAGGUGUGAAUAGCUGGAAAGAGUCUUUUGUUCACAAAUAACUCAGGGACUGGUCCUCUUAAACUUCCAAAUCUACUCUAGAGUUAUCAUUUUUUUUUUUUUUUUCAAUUCGAAAAAUAUGAACAAAAGCUCCUCUGACACAAAACAAGUCACUUCACUAACGAAAUGUGGCAUAUUCUGCCCCCUAAAAAUUUUUUGUCACCUCAUAAAUUAGAAAAUGCAUGCACAAGUGUUUUGCACCUAGAAGGCUCUCAGUAAAUGCUGGUCCCUUCUUCCUUAAAAGGCUGCAGCUGCUUCAGUUUGGUGUGCUGACACCUAGUGGCAGUGCUGUGGCAGUGGAGUGGAGUUUCAUGGGAGCCAAACUGCCUAGACUGGAUCCUGUCACAGGCGGUUAACUUGUGACCUUGGACAAGGUCACCUCACUGUCCUGUGCUUUAGUUUUGUCACUUGUAAAAGAGGAUGAUAAUAGUAACAGUACCUAUCCUACGGGGACAUUGCAAGGAUAACUAAAUCAAGUCCUACCCAAUAGAAAGAGCUCUUACUUCAGAGGAGGGGAGUGAAGGCCAAUGAGGCAAAGCCCUCGGAGGCCCCUGCGCCCACUUGCUGCCCCGCAGGGUCACUCAUGCGGAGUGCUCAACAGAGCAGGUGCGGAGCUUGCUCACUUCCCAGGCCAAGGAAUACCUGGCAGUGAACACAUUUUCCAAGGGAAAGGUAGGCUGCUUUCUGCUGGAGAGGGAGCAGGUUCAUGGUGUUUCUGCUAAUCUGUGAUUGAGAGUUUUCACUUUGGCAAAGUCAGAAUGUGUCCAUUAGUUUGUAUGUGGUUGGUUAAAACAAAUCCCCUUGCUCAUUGGUCAGGAAAGUUAGGUCCAGCAAGGGUCUGAUGAGCUAGGGUCACUCAAAGUUCUUAGCAGUUUAUCAGCUUUGGCUGGGUAGUGGUGGCUGCAUUGCUAAAGGUCACGGUCAUUUUACAGCUUCAGCUGGUAAAAACCAGUCAUGCUGAAAUGCAGCAGGUGCAGCUGUAAGAGAAAAGUGUUUUUUCCUCCUCUUGCGAGGUGGGAGCCCGGGCACAGAGCGGGAAUGGGAACGUGCUGGGGUUAGAGGCCCCGUUCCUCUUGCACAGCCUGGGAGAGGCACAGGACUUGGGGAGAAGUUGGUGUUGGCUUGGUGACCUGUCCCAUGUGUCCUGAGAGCCACAGCGCUUGGUCUUGGGAGAUGGUGUGGACUCACUCCAGAAGGGAGUAAUUGCACACAGUGUCCCCAAAGGCCUAAUGGGGUGAGCAGAGGCCCAGAGAUGACAGGUGAGGUUGGGGCCAGACCAGCUCCCAGCAAGGAACAGGGCACUCUUGGACAGAGCCCCUCCUUCCCAUCACCAGGAGCUGUUGUAGGAGGGGCGACCCAAAACAGUGUUUCCAGGGGAAGAUGAGAUGUUACUAGUUGGCAAGUGUGUCUUUUCCUGUGCUGCUCAGAGGGGCAUGAGCUGGAGAACCGACCAGUGAUGGGAAAUACAGAAGCCACGUUUUUCUUGCAAAACGGGGCACUAGUGUGCAAAUUUGCAAUUCUGCUAUAUACAUAUAACGUAAUAUUUAUAUGGAAACAUUUAAACUUAAUGUUCAAUAAUUUGAAAGAGAACAAACCGUUAAAUUCCAUUUAAGUGUCUUUAUCACAUACCACCAUUCCGGCCCUGUCUGAUCCCUGUGAAUGGCUGUAAAACUGUGAAUAAGCCUCGAUUCCUCAGGCCCCUGCACAUGCGCCCCUCCCAGGCCUGACUUGGGCUUCAGGUUGCCCAGCAUGGACGCCUCUGCUGGCCAUCCACCACCCCAGCAGGCAGGGCCAGUCCAUUUGGUCCUUCCUCUGAGUGACCAAGAAGAAGAGCAAGAGACUACAUCCACCUCUUUACUAAAUCAGAUUAUUUUCUCCCCAAGAGGGAAUACGUAUAAUGCUGUUCUGUUUGAAAAGAAGAAUAAAUGUGUAAUU